AUGGAUACACUUCCUUUGCUACCAAAGUUGGAGCACUAUUCAGGGAGCGAGCCAAACUACAGAUUCAGUCUGGCGAUCCUUAAUAUGGGGCUCAACUACUUACUUCAACUACGUUUGUUCCCUUCUGUAUUCUUAAUGGUCGUUGAUGGUAAGCUGAAGGGACUCGUCCAUAUACUGGGAGCAUCACUUGCUGUUGGCGCUGGCGAGGGUGCUUCACUUCAAGUUUGCACCACAGGAAGACCUGAAAAUUCGGCUUGCUCUCCGGCAUUGGAUCGAGACUGCGCAGCCGAGAAAAUCGUGCAUUAA